UACCACGUUCACUAUCUACCAAAGAACUUAACAAGUUUUAUAUCCUUUCCCUUUUCUUAGUACUUACAAACUUAUAAGUCCCAGAAACCAUACUUUGCAUCACAACUAUAAAAAAAAAAUAGUAGUAAAACCAUGAUCACUGGAGGAGAUGUUUACAAGGUCAUUGAAGCAAUGGUUCCACUCUAUGUAGCUUUAAUCUUAGGGUAUGGUUCGGUGAGAUGGUGGCACAUCUUCACUCGUGAUCAAUGUGAUGCCAUAAACCGGCUCGUUUGUUAUUUCACUCUACCGCUCUUCACCAUCGAGUUCACGGCUCAUGUCGAUCCAUUCAACAUGAAUUACCGUUUCAUCGCAGCCGAUGUCAUCUCUAAAGUCAUCAUAGUUGCGGUCUUAGCGUUUUGGGCCAAAUAUAGCAACAAUGGAAGCUAUUGUUGGUCCAUUACUAGUUUCUCUCUGUGCACUCUUACAAACUCUCUUGUCGUGGGUGUGCCUUUGGCUAAGGCGAUGUACGGUCAACAGGCUGUUGAUCUCGUGGUCCAAUCAUCGGUAUUUCAGGCAAUCGUGUGGCUCACACUCUUGUUGUUUGUGUUAGAGCUCAGAAGAGCCGGUUUCAGUACUAAUAGUAAGGAAGAAAAUAUCAAUAUCGAAGAUGGCAGAAAAGAUAUUGAGGUUGUCGGAGAGCAGAAGUCGUUCGUUGAGGUCAUGUCCGUCGUGUGGGUGAAGCUUGCAACGAAUCCGAAUUGCUAUUCUUGUAUCCUCGGGAUCGCAUGGGCUUUUAUAUCUAGCAGAUGGCAUUUUGAGAUGCCGGGAAUAAUGGAGGGAUCGAUUCUUAUAAUGUCAAAAGCAGGAACAGGAACUGCCAUGUUCAAUAUGGGGAUAUUCAUGGCACUUCAAGAGAAGUUUAUAGUAUGUGGAACAAGCUUAACUGCGUUGGGGAUGGUCUUGAAGUUUAUUGCCGGACCCGCUGCCAUGGCUAUUGGUUCUAUCGCCGUUGGCCUCCACGGGGAUGUCCUCCGCGUCGCCAUCAUUCAGGCUGCUCUGCCACAAUCAAUCACCUCAUUCAUUUUUGCUAAGGAAUAUGGAUUACAUGCAGAUGUUCUAAGCACAGCGGUGAUAUUUGGGAUGUUGGUCUCUUUACCAGUGCUUGUCGCCUACUACGCAGCUUUGGAGUUUAUUCAUUAAGAAAAUUUAAAACUAUUACAUAUAUAUCAAUGGUUUUCUCUUAAUUAACUUUUUUGCUUUCUUCUUAGAUUUGGUCACUUUUCACAACAUCUGUUCCCUUAAAGGGGAUUUUGAAGUGUAUUCGAAAUAUGGAAAACCAUACAUUACUAGUAUAUGAUUUUACUUUCUGGUAAA